AUGGAGAAUGCUCCCAUGAAAAAUUGGGAGCUGACCCUUUACGAGCUGCAACGCAAACCACAAGAACCCAUCACUGAUGGCACUGAGAUCGCUGUUAGUCCUCGAAGCCUACAAAGCGAGUUGAUGUGUCCUAUUUGCCUGGACAUCCUCAAGGUCACAAUGACGACCAAGGAGUGCCUACACCGGUUUUGCUCGGAGUGCAUCGUAACUGCCUUGCGGAGUGGAAACAAGGAAUGUCCCACCUGUAGAAAAAAGCUCGUCUCAAAACGCUCUCUCCGACGGGAUCCAAAUUUUGAUGCACUCAUUGCAAAAAUUUAUCCCAGUCGAGAGGAGUACGAGGCCCAGCAGGACAAAGUUCUUGCAAAACUUAACAAACAACACAGAAGCGCUGUAAUGACCCACUCCCUGGACCAACAAAUUAAUUUUGAAGGUCCCCACUCUGAUUUACUCUACCGCAGUAGACGAAACUUGGAAUCCCUGCGCCUGGGUGGGAACCGGGCAAGUGCCGAAUCCGUUGCCAGUGAAGAUGAUGCGGCUUCUACGGCGGGAAGUUUAAAUCAUCGGAACUCGCGUGUUAAUUCUGAUGCUGAAAGCGUUGUGGACACCAAUUCCGUAGGUGGCGCCAGCUCAACUUGUGCCUCCGAGGGCGCGCGUCGAGGUGGAGGACUGGAAAGAACCCCGAACUCUGCUGCUACCGUCGCCUCUGCACAAUCGCCCGCCGUUGUGCCUGAAAUAGAACUCCUCCUACGUCCAUACCCUCUUCCACAUCCACAACGUCCCAAGACCAAUGGUCAACCUACGACCAACUUCAACAGCUACUCCUCCGAUCAAGAGGACGGUCAGCGGACUAACGUCUCCAGCCCGCGUGCCCACUCAGCGGAAGCCAGCGAGGGGUCUUGUUGCGGUCUGGCUCCAGCUGUGAAAUAUUUAAAGGCACCCUCCAUAACUACAAUUGACCACCUUUGCCGCUACCUUUCGGUUCGACUCAAUCUACAGAAGAUUAACAAGGAUGUGUCAGACAACGAAGCCCAGUUCUCUCUCUACUACUACGAUGACGCAACAUCUGACUAUGUCCGUCUUCAACCCAACGUUACUAUAGAAGAAGUGAGUCGGCUCUAUUGGAAUGGUCAGAGGAACCUAGAUUUCUACUACCUACGCGAGUUCUAA